UUAUUGGUGAAUCUGUAACGGAUUAGGAAAUAGGGGUUCGCUUGGUGUACACGAAUAUGAAGAAGCACGAGAAACGUAAACGACGGCUAAACUGUUAUUGUUUUUGCAUUUUAUAGACAUUUAAUUUCUUUGUAAACAAUAUUCCAGAUAUUCAACCUCGGUUAUGUAUCGAAGUUUGCGCCUGCCACAGCAUUAGGCUCUGAGAACUGUGUGUUUGUGUUUGUUUAGCUGGGCUAGCUGUGUAGGCUGACACUGAGUUAACAGUCGUAUUGAGCUGCUAGCUGUUAAUAUAAGUUUGUCUGAUUAGGGGUAACAAAUUAUGGAUAUAUUAUUCUGUUAUAAUAUGUUUUGAGUGUUAGUUUAUGGUUACGCGGCUUACUGGUCGGAGCUAGUGGUUUAUGCAGUCAGAUGCAGUUCACUUCGAUGGCUAGAUAGUUUAACAGCUGGUGUGCUGAUUUAGUAAUUUAAGUCAGAUUGUAAUAUUUUUCAACAUGAAGCCCGCUAAGAAGGCUUGUCUGGUCCUUAUUCUGGCUCUUGUUAUGACGUUGCAAGUGACAGCUGAUGUUGAGGACGAUGAUCGUCUCACAGAAGAUGGUCAGUCUCAGAAGACGGAUGAGAAUGAUGCAUCCAGGAUUGUGGCAGGACAGGUCUAUGUUUCUAAAGUUGCCCAGACUGACAGGAGCACAACAGACGCUGGUGUUGAAAUUGAGGUCGAAGGGGUUGAACAGGAAGAUCUUCCAAGUCAGCCCCCUCCAGCAGAGGAGCGUCAUAAGGAGGUUCCGGUGGUGAUUGGUGGAACUUCACCUGGGGAGCCCUGUGUCUUUCCUUUUCUGUUCCAAGAUAAAGAGUACGCAGAGUGCACUGCAGAAGGCAGAAAAGAUGGGAGGCUAUGGUGUGCCACAACCUAUAACUACAACACUGAUAAGAAAUGGGGCUUCUGUGAAACGGAGGAGCAGGCUAAGCAGAGGAAGUUAAUGGAAGAGGUUGAAGAACAGUACCAGGCCACAAUUAAGAUGCUAAACGGCACCAACAGAAAAAGCCAGAAGAAGGAGUUGUAUGACAAACUUUUGAAGAUUGCAGAUAGAGGUCAUGUCAAGGCAAUGGAGAAGGUGGCAUAUGCCAUGCUGUUUGGAGACUAUUUACCUCAGAACGUUCCUCAAGCAAAAGAGAUCUUUGAUAAACUGGCACUAGAGGGCUCGCCUAAAGCCCAGACGGCCCUUGGUUUCCUAUAUGCUGCAGGAUUAGGUGUGAACUCUAGUCAAGCAAAGGCAUUGGUGUAUUACACCUUUGGAGCUUUGGGUGGAAACCUAUUAGCGCACAUGAUUCUGGGCUACCGAUAUUGGGGAGGUGUUGGGGUUCCUCAGAGCUGUGAAUCUGCUCUCACUCACUAUAGACUGGUGGCCAAUCACGUGGCCAGCGACGUGUCCCUGACAGGGGGCAGUGCAGUACAGCGGAUCCAUCUGUUAGAUGAAGUGGAAAAUCCUGGUUCUAGUAGUGGAAUGCUAGAGGAGGAUUUAAUCCAGUAUUAUCAGUUCUUGGCUGAGAAAGGAGAUGUGCAGGCCCAGGUGGGUCUGGGACAGUUGCAUUUGCAUGGAGGUAGAGGUGUAGAACAGAAUGAUCAGCGAGCAUAUGAAUACUUCAACCAAGCAGCAAAUGCAGGGAACACGCAUGCAAUGGCCUUCCUUGGAAAGAUGUACUCUGAAGGCAGUAGUUUUGUGACUCAAAACAACGAUACCGCUCUUCAUUAUUUCAAAAAGGCUGCAGACUUGGGUAACCCAGUCGGCCAGAGUGGCCUUGGAAUGGCUUACCUGUAUGGAAGGGGUGUUCCUGUGAACUAUGAUCUGGCACUGAAGUAUUUUCAGAAAGCUGCAGAGCAGGGCUGGGUGGAUGGGCAACUACAGCUGGGAACAAUGUACUACAAUGGAAUCGGUGUGAAGCGAGAUUAUAAGCAGGCCCUUAAAUUUUUUAACUUGGCAUCUCAAGCGGGUCACAUCCUGGCCUUCUAUAAUUUAGCCCAGAUGCAUGCCACAGGCACUGGGGUCAUGCGCUCCUGCCACACCGCAGUGGAGCUCUUCAAAAACGUAUGCGAGCGGGGCCGCUGGUCUGAGAGACUCAUGGCGGCGUAUGGAAGCUUUAAGGAAGGCGACAUAGAUUCUGCUUUGAUACAGUAUCUUCUGCUGGCCGAACAGGGCUAUGAGGUCGCACAGAGCAAUGUUGCCUUCAUUCUGGACCAGAAGGGAUCACAGAUCUUCAAUGAGAAUGAAACAUACCCACGGGCUUUGCUUCAUUGGACCAGAGCUGCCGCCCAAGGCUACACAGUGGCCAGAAUCAAGCUAGGCGACUAUCAUUUCUAUGGCUACGGCACUGAUGUGGACUACGAGACUGCAGUCAUUCAUUAUCGUCUGGCCUCUGAACAGCAGCACAGUGCGCAGGCCAUGUUCAACCUGGGCUAUAUGCACGAGAAGGGGCUUGGUAUCAAACAGGACAUUCAUCUAGCUAAACGUUUCUAUGACAUGGCUGCCGAGGCCAGUCCUGAUGCCCAGGUGCCUGUGUUCCUGGCGCUGUGCAAGCUGGGCCUCGUCUAUGCAUUACAGUACAUACAUGAUCUCAAUCUGAAGGAGCUUCUAUCUGAGGUGGAUCUUGACCAGUUGCUGGGUCCGGAGUGGGAUCUCUACCUCAUGACCGUCAUUGCUCUGCUCUUGGGCACAGUUAUUGCGUAUCGACAGAGGCAACACCAAGCCGUACCCAGAGCCCCGCCGGCACCCCCUAGACCUCCAGCCCAGCCCGAGCAGCCUGGCGAAGAGCCUGAGGAACAGUGAGGGUGCAAGGAUAAGGGUGGAGGUGAUAACAAGGACUAAGAUUAAAGGUGGAGGAGACCGAGGCUCACCAGCUUCUCCUUUCCCAGGACAGCCACUAACACCUUCACCCAGCUGUGCUCUUUAAUCUUAAGGAGCUUUUUGGACCCUUGCCGCCCUGUCCAAUGCUCUUUAGUUUUUCAGUCGUGGCUUUCAAGCUUUUUGGAAAACGAGAACUUUUACGAUAACCUAAAUGUGCACCUCAGGGUUUUGCCAGGUGAAAUGACAUUUGUGCAAAUCGAUGCUCACUACGUGUGGGAGAAAAGACUAGAGUUGCUGGAUGAAUUGAAGUAGUUGUUUCUGCUUUUGCUUGCCACUGUACUAAACGCCAAGGAGAAUACCCGUUGGUUCUGUGCAGCCCAUGUAGAUUCUUUUGUUAGUAUUAUUAAGUUUGGAUCUAGUACAAAUUCUUUGAAACAUAAAGCGAGAGGUGAGCUGGGCUCUAAAUUUAAUGUCUUAAUGCUUCAUACUACCGUAAAAAGCAUGUUAUGUGCGACUAACAGAUGUAUUGGGUUUGUUAGUGUCUGUAUCGACAACAUUUGGAUACUUUUACUAGCACAUAAACAUGGAUUUGAAAUACCACUGUCAUGUAAAAUUACUUGAUAAUUUCCAUAGUGCAGUUACUUUCAAAAGUAGCACUACUGAUAAAAUUAGUUGAAAUGAAAUUUAAAGGCUUUUUAUUGUAUUCUUAAAUAUUCAUCAUGCCAAAUCUUAAACAACUACUGCCUUUAAACUCCUACAAAGUGUCUCUGUGGGUGUUUACAGAAAUGAAUCAGUGCAAUUGCGGCUGGUGUUCAGUAAGUUUCAACUUGUUAAAAAACUAAUAAGGAGCAGUUGUCCAAAUCUCGCAAAUCUAGGUUUAUAUUAGAAAAAAAGUUUCUAGUUAUUGAAAGGGUUGCUGUGUUUUACUAUAAUGCUCAACUUGUAACAACCCAUUUUUCUUUUAACUAGCUCAAGACAUUAAAUGCUCUCUGAACUGUUUUUGAUUAUUGUAUGAGGUCUGCAGCUCAAGUCAAACUCAUUCAUUUGUUUCCGGAUGUGGCUGUCAGUGUACAAAAUCUCAAAUUUUAGGAUUUAUUUCAGAGGAAAAAUAGUACAGAUGACUUUAAUUGUGAGCAUGUGUAGAAUUGUUGAUCUUCGUUGUAUUUUGACGAUGGAACACGUCUGUCGUUUCAGGUAAAAUAGCAAUAUUGCAAAGGUUGAUGUAAAAAUUUGUAAAGAAAGGAUGUGUGUGUGUGUGUGUGUGUGUAUUAGAUGAAAAGCAGAGCGUGUUUUUAAUGCGAAGAUGCAACCGAAAACAUAUCUGUUUUUUGUAAAAAACAAAACAAAAAAAACAACAACAAUCAGAUUCUUAUCUUCCAUGUUCUUCGAACCCCUUAUGUUGCAAAGAUAACACAGUAUGAGUCUUUCAAAAAUCACAAUCAGUUUUCAAAAUCGCAAUGUUUGUAAAUGGCAAAUAAAAAAAUCUGAGUUCA